AUGACUGUUGCCACACUCUGUCCCUGAAGACUAUCGUUUGCCGCCAUGGAUGCCAGCACAAGAGCAAUACUCAUCCAUGAUGGCCAAACCCCAGCACAAGAACGAGCAAUACUCAUUCACGACAUGCCGACGCAAGAAAAGCUGGCCAUCGACACGACGACCGAGAGGCUCGAGGCAGAUUUCCAGAAGGUGAAGACCAAGAUCCACAGGUUCCCCCGCGGCCUCCGUGGUAUCGGCGGCGACAAUGACCGCUACAUCGCACCGAGCGUGGUGGCCAUCGGCCCGUACCACCACAGCUCGGCGCACCUGCAGAAGAUGGAGGAGGUCAAGCGCGCUGCGGCCUACUACCACUGCAGAGGCCACUCGACGAUGGAGGUCUACGAGAAGGUGCUCUCCGUCGUGGGCGCCGCGCGCGGCUGCUACGACGCCGACGACCCGUCGGUCGUGGGCGUCAGCGACGACGACUUCGCGGCCAUGAUGUUCCUCGACGGUUGCUUCCUGCUGCAGUACAUGAUCUGCGACAACACCGCGCCGGUGCUGCAGAACCGGAUGACGCUGUCCACGGGGCCCAGCGUCCAGAAGGACAUCUUCCUGCUCGAGAACCAGAUCCCGUGGCUGGUGCUCGAGACCCUCACGGAGUUCAUGUCCGUCGACGUGCGCCGGUUUGUUGUCGGGAUGGGAGAGAAGUUCUUCCCACGAAAGGUAAAGGCAACGAAGGGAUGGCGGCGGAUGGAAUGGGGAUGCAAGUCAUUUAACCCGGCGUCGACGAAGGAAACGGAUGAACGAGGCGGCGGCAGCGGAUUCGAAGAUUAUAAGCCGCCUCAUCUCCUUGGCCUCCUCUGGUUCACUCAGGUAGUCUGGCAAGGCUGCAUGCCUGAAAGCGGGGUGAAAUACAAUGCCUAUACGUCGUCGCUAUCCUUCAGCGCCGUGGAGCUCGCGCAGAUCGGCGUCAGGCCGACAGUGAGCACGGAGUCGUGGUUCGGGGACAUGAGGGUCCUCCGGGGCCGCCUGUUCAGCAAGCUGUCGCUGUCGCCGCUGUUCCUGAACGGCGUCACCGCCUCCUGGCUGGUGAACAUGGCGGCGCUGGAGGCGAGCACCUCCUCGAGCUGGGAGUCGGACGGCUUCUUAGUGAGCUCGUACCUGUCGGUGCUGGCGAUGCUCAUGGACCGGAAGGAGGACGUGCACGUGUUGCGGGAGAGACGCGUGCUGCACGGCACCCUGAGCAACAAGCAGGUGCUCGGCUUCUUCAAGGACCUCGGCCAGCACCUGCGCCUCGGCAGGCAAUACUUCGCCACCUUGGAGCAGAUCGACGCGUACAAGCGCCACAGGUCGCUCUGGAUCGCCAUAUACAAGUUCCUCUUCAACAACUACAGGGUCAUCGCCGCCAUCCUGUCCAUCACCGGCGUGCUCGUCGGCAUCUUUAAGACCCUUCUCUCACUCAAGCAUCGUUGCUAGAUAUAAUACUAUAUGAUUCGUAACUCUCGCCACUCAUGCACGUUUUUCUUCUUAUUUUUGUUUUAUCCAAGGUCACAUUGUACACGCGAUAAAUAAUUUUUAUUGUAUAUGUAAC